AUGACCACAAUGGACGUGAUCGCGAGCGUCAAGACGUACCUGGAGAAGAUCAUAGCGGACCCGCAGCUGACGGGAAUGAAAGCCCUCGUGCUCGACGCCGACACCACGAGCUUCGUGAGCAUCGUCAUGUCGCAGUCGCACAUCCUCCAGCGCGAAGUCUUUCUCGUCGAGCAGUUGGGCGCGUCGCACGAGUCCAUGCGGCACGUGAAGGCGGCGGUCUUUGUACGGCCCACUGCGCGGAACGUGGAGCUCUUGCGCCACGAGCUCAAACAGCCCAAGUACAGCUGCUACCACAUCUUUUUCUCGAACAUUGUGCCGCCGGAGGCGCUCGCGAAACUCGCCGAAGCGGACGAGACGGAAGUCGUGGCGCAGGUGCAGGAGUACUACGCCGACUACUUGGCCGUCAACGACUCGCUGUUUGACUUUGGAUUGCACCACUCGGUCCAACUGUGUGUCAAGACGCCGGCGGCUGCGGCCGGAUCGCUGCAGGCCACGGCAACUGCUGGCGUUUUGACGACGGAUCCAGUGGACAAGACGACGAUGACGCCGCCGCAGCUGUUCCAGCGGAGUGUCGAAGGGCUGCUGUCGUUGCUGCUGUCCAUGAAGAAGAGGCCGGCGAUCCGGUACGCCAAAGGGUCGGACGUUGCAGAGAAACUCGCGCGCGAAGUGUCGGCGAGGAUGCAGCUGGAGCAAGAUGGCCUCUUUGACUUUCGACGGCCAGACGUCGUCCCGCUGGUCUAUGUGCUCGACCGCAAAGACGAUCCUGUGACACCGUUGCUGACGCAGUGGUGCUACCAAGCGAUGGUCCAUGAACUACUCGGCUUGCACGAGAAUCGUGUGAGUCUUCGCGACGCGCCGAACGUGCGAAAAGACAUGACGGAACUCGUGCUGUCGACGAGCUCGGACGACUUUUUUGCGCAGCACGUACAUGCGAACUUUGGCGACCUGGGUAUGGCGGUAAAGCAGCUGGUGGACACUUACCAAGCGCAGACACAGACGCACGAGAACAUCCAGUCGAUCGAUGACAUGCAGCGUUUCUUGGAAAACUACCCAGCGUUUCGAGCUCAAUCCGUGACGGUAUCAAAGCAUGUGGCACUGAUCAGUGAACUCUCACGUCGCGUGCAAGUGGAUAAGCUCAUGGAUGUGAGCCAACUAGAGCAAGAACUUGCAUGUGGAGACGACCACAAUGCACACUUUCGUGAAGUCGUGGCAAAGCUAAAGGACGCGCAAGUGAAGCCAAUGAACAAACUGCGACUGGCCAUUCUGUAUGCGCUGCGCUACGAGACACACAGCUCGGUCCAGUUGAAGACCGUAAAAGAGCUGAUUGCGACCGCUUUCGAUGGCGGUCUAUCUUCUGACCGCGUCGCAUUGAUCGAUGCGUUCCUGCAGUUUGGUGGUCAGAAGGCCCGGCAAGGCGAUUUGUAUGGCGAUCGUGCUGGUUUGAAAAAGUUCAUGCGGGCGGUCACACAAGGAGUCCAAGGUGUGCCGAACGUGUACGCACAACACGUUCCUCCGCUCGCAAAGAAAUUGGAAUUGAUCUUGAAAGGUCAGCUGCUGGACCAGGAAUUCGGCGUUGUCAACGGAAGCGCCGGUGCUGCAACAUCGACUGAUUUCAGCGCAAGCAACGGUGUGAAGCGCGUACGUGACGUCAUAGUGUACGUGUGCGGUGGUGUCACGUUCGAAGAAGCCAUGAAGGUCGCUGAGCUGAAUCAGAAGGCGGCAACGUCGGGCUCCGGUCAGCGCAUCCUGCUGGGUGGGUCAUGCAUCCACAACUCGAGUAGCUUCCUGCACGAAGUCGCAACGGCAUACAACUUGUCACCUCCGGAAGGCCACAACAAAAGCGCAAGCGGUGGCUACAAGUAUGAUGCAAAGAGGAGCGUGUAG